CAUCAAUUUUUGCAACACUUGGACAAAAGCCGUUAGGAUCAUCAACUUCUUCAGCUCAAGUAGCGCUUCCAAAGAAAACACCGAUUGUUCCAGAAAAAAAACCUGUUAACAUUAGUUCAUCAAAACAAACUGGAUUUAAUAUACCACGUAAACCGGUUAAUAGAAACAAUCCUUUAGUGGGAGAACAAAACGUAAAAUUAAACAAUGAUGUAAAAGAUGAAAUUAAUUUGGAAACUAAGAAUAUGUCAGAAAAUGCAGUAAAAAGUGAAAAUGCAGUGAAAAGUGAAGUUAAUUCGGAGACCAAAAAUAUAUCAAAACCUGUAGUAAUCGAUAAUACACCAUUGAUUACUGCAGCACGAAAACCUUUAGAUAAUGACACAUCAUUGAUUACUGCAGCACGAAAACCUUUAGAUAAUGACACACCAUCAUUCACUAUUCCUAAGCCUAUUGUUCCUAAACCUAUUGUUAAUAAUAAUAGUACACCAAUUGUUUCCGAUGUUUCCACGAAACUUAUUGAUGAUAUGCCACUAAUUAAUGCAGCGAAAA